AUGCCAAUCUGCACAACGUGCACCCACAUUACUCCCUACCUUUAUACCGUCUAUGAGUCGGAGUACAACCUCAGACUUGAACAAUGCGGCGAAUGCCACGCGUUCGUUGACCCCUACGUGGAGCACGACCAUUUGACUCUUCUGCUGGACCUUAUACUGCUCAAGAGGGGUGUAUACCGACAUCUAUUGUACAACCGCGGCACGAAGCCUAGGAAGCUUGUGGGAAGGUCAAACGACGACAAGAAGGGCGACUCUAAGCCCGGUUCCCAAACGAUGGAUGUAAGAGAAAAGCGUCGCUGGAUUCUCAUGCUGAAACUUGGCGGCGCCCUCAUCUUCCUAGAUUCGUGUGGAGCUAUCUCAGUAGGUGUUCUGCUUUGUGCUUCGACUUCAGUGUUCACAUGGCGCAUAGACCCAAAUCUACCCUCGGAUGGUUCGCCUUGGACUGGAGAGAUGUUACGGAGUUUCUCGCGCGUUUUAGUUGGGACUUUCGCUGAAACAUUUGCCUUUCAUCUUGGCAUCGUUCUCGUUUGUUACAUGGUACUCCACGUCCUUGACUGGCUGCGAUCUUGGCGGACGAAGGUACAUGUAAUCUCCAACAUACGGCGGGAAUUCAGGCUCUCCCUGAUACCCCUGACCCUCUUCUACUCCUCCUUGACGAAACUCUUCCUUCUGUUCCUCCUCACAAUCUGGCUCCCGGCAUCAGCCUCAUCUUCGAAUUCAACUGACGGACAUGCCUCAGGGUGGGAGCCAGGCUUUCUGAGCAAUACCACACUUUUCGGAGGCGCUCUUGAGAUUCUCGACGAUGACAAAUUGGAUCGAGAAUGGAUUGUUCGCAAUGUCCUAGGAGGCAUGUCCGCGGGAUUCGGCUUGCGAGUCAUCCUCGAUAUUCAUCCCGUGUUCACCACCAUUAUCAUCCUUGCUGGAUGGGCGGCAAAAACGGCUGUGGCGGGUCUUGUCAGUAGGUGGGUUGGCGGAGAUGAGAUGACGGGAGAAGCUUGGCUUGCAUACAGCAUCCCUUGA